AUGGCGGAGCAAUCACAACCCCGGGAUCUCAGUAGUCUUUCAGCGCAGUUCCGCAGCGCAAUGGAAAGCCUCACUCACCAAUGGGGCUUUGUCGUUGUGCGCACCGCCUACGCCAAUGACAACGACGACGCGCAGUGGGCUGCCGCCUUAAAGAAGCUACACGACUACGCUACUCCGUCAGAUAGCGGGGCUGAGAUGGAUCCCGACACGUUUACGCUACCCGUCAUAUCUGAUAGUGCUCUUCUACACGGGGCUGACCAUGCCUCAGUCCGCAAGGCCUUCAACCAGUGGAUCGCGGAUUUUGUUGGCCGGGAGAGAAAUGAAGACGACGAUAACGACGAAGAGUGGCCCUCGGACGUCCGGCGCGAUGUGUUCAUUGUCAUCGACGAAGCCGUACUGGCUUCGCUGCUGAAUGCGCCAGACUUUGUUCGCGGCAAAGUCCCCAACCUGGACUUGGAGCCGUGGGUUACUGUAGUGGACGCCGAGGACCCUGCCAACAUACCUUAUCGCGGAGGGGGCCCGUACAUGGGCUUCACAAGAGCCUACGCGCGUGUCCUCAGCCAACUGUUUGAUGAUCUCGACUCCCGGUCUCUAGAGAAGCUGAGCCCGAUUCGAGUCUACGAUGGCCAGAUACCGUUUUUCACUGGUUCUUCGCAAGGCAAGCUUGUGGAUCCGCCUGGUGGUGUGGAUGGGCGAUACAAGUUUCCCCGGGGAACGCCGAGGGGCGCACAGGGAGCGCAGGCUAUGUUGGAAGAGAUUGAGCGAGCAGUAGGGAGAGGAAGUAUGGGUUACUGA